AUGGCGUUGGUGGGUAUUGACUUUCGUGCUCCUUUACGGGAAGUAAAGCGAGUACAAUUUGGUAUUCUCAGUCCAGACGAAAUUAAACGAAUGUCUGUGGGAGAAGUUGAGUUUCCCGAAAUUUAUGAGAAUGGAAAACCUAAAGUAGGCGGUCUUAUGGAUCCCAGGCAAGGAGUUAUUGAACGUCGGGGAAGAUGUAUGACUUGUGCUGGUUCCUUAUCCGACUGUCCUGGUCAUUUUGCACAUAUGGAGUUAGCGAAACCUGUUUUCCAUAUUGGUUAUUUAGCGAAAACUCUGAAAGUACUUCGCUGUGUUUGUUUCUAUUGUAGUAAAUUAUUAUUGGAUAAAGAAAAUGCUAGAGUAAAAGACAUAUUGAAAAAAACGCAGGGAAAUCCAAGACGUAGAUUAGCCUUAAUAUAUGAUAUAUGUAAAUCAAAAAGCGUCUGUGAGAGCGCAGAUGAAAUUGAAAAUGCUAACCCUGAAGAAAAUGAAGAACAAAAAGUUGUUAAAGCAGGUGGUUGUGGUCGGUAUCAGCCUACCUAUAAAAAAGCAGGAAUUGAUAUAAAUGCCGAGUGGAAAAAAAAUGUAAAUGAGGAUACUCAGGAAAGGAAAAUUGUAUUAACUGCUGAAAGAGCUCUAGAAGUAUUCAAAGAAAUUUCGGACGAAGAUUGUUAUAUAUUGGGCAUGGAUCCCCGCUUUGCUCGUCCAGAUUGGAUGAUCUGUACUGUCUUACCGGUACCUCCCCUAGCAGUUCGUCCUGCCGUAGUCACAUUUGGUUCAGCUAGAAACCAGGACGAUUUAACACAUAAGCUUUCUGAUAUCAUUAAAACAAAUAUACAACUGAGGAAAAACGAAGCGAAUGGAGCAGCAGCUCAUGUUAUAGCUGAUGAUGUGAAGUUGCUCCAAUACCAUGUUGCGACCUUAGUUGAUAAUUGUAUUCCUGGUUUACCCACGGCCACUCAAAAGGGAGGCAGACCUCUUAAAUCUAUCAAGCAACGUUUGAAAGGAAAGGAAGGCCGUAUCAGAGGAAAUCUUAUGGGUAAACGUGUGGAUUUCUCUGCUCGUACUGUAAUUACUGCUGAUCCAAAUCUUCCUAUUGAUACUGUCGGAGUUCCUCGUACCAUCGCACAAAAUCUAACAUUCCCAGAGAUAGUAACUCCUUUUAAUAUCGACAAACUUCAAGAGCUAGUAAACAGAGGAGACACUCAGUAUCCUGGAGCUAAAUAUAUCAUUCGUGAAAAUGGAGCAAGAGUUGAUUUGCGAUAUCACCCCAGAGCCGCAGAUUUGCAUUUACAACCAGGAUAUAGAGUCGAAAGACACAUGAGAGAUGGUGAUAUUAUUGUUUUCAAUCGUCAGCCAACUCUCCACAAAAUGUCCAUGAUGGGUCACAGAGUGAAAAUUUUGCCCUGGUCUACGUUCCGUAUGAAUCUAUCCGUAACUACUCCUUACAACGCUGACUUCGAUGGUGAUGAAAUGAAUCUUCAUUUACCACAAUCCUUAGAAACGAGAGCCGAAAUUGAGGAAAUCGCAAUGGUACCAAGACAGUUGAUUACUCCGCAAGCUAAUAAGCCUGUCAUGGGUAUUGUACAGGAUACGUUAUGUGCUGUUCGUAUGAUGACAAAAAGAGAUGUAUUCAUAGAAUUGCCUAGAAUGAUGGAUUUGCUAAUGUACCUUCCUCCAUGGGAUGGUAAGAUUCCUCAGCCGGCAAUUCUGAAGCCAAAGCCGUUGUGGACAGGAAAGCAAGUAUUCUCAUUGAUCAUUCCGGGAAAUGUCAAUGUACUACGAACCCACAGUACUCAUCCGGACGAUGAAGAUAGUGGGCCUUAUAAAUGGAUAUCUCCUGGUGACACAAAGGUAUUAGUAGAACACGGUGAACUAAUUUCCGGAAUCGUAUGCUCAAGAACAAUUGGUCGUUCAGCCGGUAAUUUGUUGCACGUUGUUGCGUUGGAGUUAGGUCAUGAGGUUGCUGCAAAGUUUUAUUCGCAUAUUCAAACGACUAUCAACGCUUGGCUACUAGCAGAAGGUCACACUAUUGGAAUAGGAGACACUAUUGCCGAUCAAGCCACUUAUAAAGACAUCCAGGAUACCAUCCAAAAAGCAAAAAGAGAUGUAGUUGACGUUAUUGAAAAAGCUCACAACUAUGAACUUGAGCCUACACCUGGUAACACAUUGCGUCAAACUUUCGAAAAUAAAGUUAAUCGAAUCCUGAACGAUGCUCGUGAUCGUACUGGUAGUUCAGCUCAAAAAUCUCUAUCUGAGUUCAAUAAUUUCAAAUCCAUGGUCGUUUCUGGAUCGAAAGGAUCUAAAAUUAACAUAUCUCAAGUUAUUGCUUGCGUAGGACAGCAGAACGUAGAAGGAAAGCGUAUUCCAUUUGGCUUCCGCCAUAGAACCCUUCCACAUUUCAUCAAAGACGAUUAUGGACCUGAAUCGAAAGGUUUUGUCGAAAAUUCGUAUCUUGCUGGACUCACUCCUGCUGAAUUCUUUUUCCACGCUAUGGGAGGACGUGAAGGUUUAAUCGAUACUGCUGUAAAAACAGCCGAAACAGGAUAUAUUCAACGUCGUCUCAUCAAAGCUAUGGAGAGUGUUAUGGUCAAUUAUGAUGGAACGGUUCGUAACUCAUUGGGUCAGAUGAUUCAGCUGAGGUAUGGAGAAGACGGCUUGGACGGCAUGUGGGUAGAAAAUCAAAACAUGCCCACUAUGAAGCCAACCAAUGCUCUAUUCGAGAAAGAAUUCAAACUUGAGUUGUCGGAUGAUCGAGUUCUCCGCAAUUUUUACACGGAAGAUGUUGUACGAGAACUCCAAGGAUCUUCUGAUGCUCUCAAAGAAGCAGAAUCCGAAUGGGGACAAUUGGAAGAAGAUCGUCGACUUCUACGUAAGAUUUUCCCUUCGGGAGAUGCCAAGAUUGUUUUGCCAUGCAAUUUACAACGUCUCAUCUGGAAUGCUCAGAAGAUUUUCCAUGUUGAAACCAGAAAACCUACUGACCUGAAUCCCAUACGCGUUAUUGAAGGAGUACGCGAACUAUCAUCGAAACUUAUUAUUGUGUCUGGCGAAGACAGGAUUUCUAAACAAGCUCAAUAUAAUGCCACUUUGCUGAUGAACAUUCUCAUCCGAUCGACGCUUUGUUCAAAAAAAAUGGCUUCUACUUAUAAAUUGAAUUCUGAAGCUUUCGAAUGGCUAUUAGGAGAGGUUGAAACAAGAUUUAAGCAGGCUAUUGCGCAGCCUGGAGAAAUGGUUGGUGCUCUCGCUGCUCAAUCCCUAGGAGAACCUGCCACUCAGAUGACAUUGAACACUUUCCAUUACGCCGGAGUGUCAGCUAAGAACGUAACUCUUGGAGUACCCCGUCUUAAAGAAAUUAUUAAUGUUUCCAAGCAGUUAAAAACACCCUCACUCACUGUUUUUCUCCAAGGAAACGUGGCUAAAGAAGCCGAGAAAGCUAAAGAUGUUCUUUGCAAGCUUGAGCACACCACUCUCCGUAAGGUUACGGCAAAUACAGCUAUCUAUUAUGAUCCUGAUGUCAAAAACACUUGUAUCGAAGAAGAUGAGGAGUGGGUAUCUAUUUUCUACGAAAUGCCCGACUUCGAUCCUUCUCAAGCUUCUCCUUGGCUUUUGCGUCUUGAACUGGACAGAAAACGAAUGACAGACAAAAAAUUGACUAUGGAGCAAAUAGCUGACAAGAUACACCAAGGAUUUGGUGAUGAUCUGAACGUAAUCUACACUGAUGAUAACGCUGAAAAACUCGUGUUCCGAAUCCGACUCACUAAUCAAGAUGAUAAAGGAGCUGAGGAAGAACAGAUUGAUAAGAUGGAGGACGAUGUCUUCCUACGUUGUAUUGAGUCCAACAUGCUAUCUGAUCUCACACUACAGGGUAUCACUUCAAUUUCGAAAGUUUACAUGCAUAAACCAAAAACUGAUGACAAAAAGAGAAUGAUCAUUACUCAAGAGGGAUCUUUCAAAGCUAUUCGGGAGUGGUUGCUGGAAACUGAUGGAACUGCUCUGUUGAAGGUCUUAUCGGAGCAGCAUGUCGAUGCAGUAAGAACUUCAUCUAAUGACAUCUGUGAAAUCUUCGAAGUACUCGGAAUUGAGGCUGUGCGAAAAGCUAUCGAAAGAGAAAUGAAUAAUGUCAUUUCCUUUGACGGUUCUUAUGUUAAUUAUCGUCACUUGGCUCUUCUCUGUGAUGUCAUGACUGCUAAAGGUCAUCUCAUGGCUAUUACUAGACAUGGAAUCAACAGACAGGAAGUAGGAGCACUCAUGAGAUGCUCAUUCGAAGAAACUGUUGAUAUUUUGAUGGAAGCUUCUGUACAUGCUGAAGUGGAUCCCGUGAAAGGUGUCUCUGAAAAUAUUAUGCUCGGUCAGCUCGCUAAGGCUGGAACUGGGUGCUUCGAUCUUGUAUUAGAUGCGGAGAAGUGUAAAUUUGGAAUGGAGAUUCCAACAAACAUGCGAGGUGGUUACGGUGGUGUCGGAGGCUUGUUUGCUGGCCAGAGUCCUGCCAGUUCCUCUAUGUCUCCUGCUCAUACUCCUUGGAAUUCUGGUAUAACACCAAGUUACCCUGGAGGGGCUGCUUGGUCUCCUGUUGGUGGUGGAAUGACACCAAACGGUGCUGCGUUCUCCCCAUCUGGUCAAUCAGAAAGCGGAAUGUCUCCUGGCUAUGGAGAAGGGGGAUGGUCCCCCGCAUCUCCUGGCAUGUCACCCGGAAUGGGUGGACGAUAUGGUGGAAUGUCACCAGGAUACUCCCCAACAAGUCCCAAUGCGUUUGGAGCUGCAAGUCCUGGAUACUCUCCAACUUCUCCUGCUUAUUCACCAACAUCUCCAUCGUACUCUCCAACUUCUCCAAGUUAUAGCCCUACAAGCCCUAGUUAUUCUCCCACUUCUCCAUCUUACUCGCCAACUUCUCCUUCUUAUUCUCCGACAUCGCCUAGUUACAGCCCCACAAGUCCGAGCUACUCUCCUACAUCUCCGUCGUAUUCUCCAUCAUCUCCCGGUUACUCUCCGAGCAGUCCUAGAUAUUCUCCUACAUCUCCAACAUAUAGUCCUACUAGUCCAACAUAUUCUCCUACAUCACCAACAUACUCUCCAACAUCUCCAACAUACAGCCCAACAAGUCCAAGCUAUGGAGGUGGAUAUAGUCCGUCAAGUCCGAGAUACUCUCCAACUUCACCUACUUAUUCUCCAACAAGUCCGACUUACAGUCCUACUUCUCCUCGUUACAGUCCGAGUAGUCCACAGUACUCACCAUCUUCCCCACAGUACAGUCCUACUUCUCCAAGAGGAGAGGCUUCCCCAGCUUAUUCUCCUUCAUCUCCCCAAUACAGCCCAACGUCUCCGGUUUACACGCCAUCGAGUCCUCAGUACUCUCCGAGUUCGCCGACUUAUACUCCAACUGGUCCAAGCCGAAACCCGACAUCACCAGCGUACUCACCAUCAUCUCCUCAGUACAGUCCUUCAUCUCCGACUUACACACCAAGUUCUCCUCAGUAUUCGCCUUCAUCUCCUACGUACAGCCCAACAUCUCCAACAUAUGAUCCGGAUGCUGAAAAUUAG